GAAAGAGGGAGAAGCAACGACGCCACCGGAGACACCGCGGAGGAGAAACUGUUGCACAAUUUUGCGUCAGGCCAACAGUGUUUCUCGGCGACGAUUCUCUCGGCCGACGGCAGAGAACGGAAGGAUUGUCAGUGAGUGCCGUGUCUCUGACACGAAGCGAUCGGCGCUCGGCUUGACGUUACGAGCGCUAAAGCUUGUUCCACAAAAAUUUCUCGGAUCGGAUCGACUAGGGAAAACGAAAAACCCCCUGUCGCAUGUAGCUCUAUUUAGCGGCGUCGUCCGUGCAUCGUACCGCACACGAGAGGAAGAUCACGUGUACAGAAUAAGAAAAGGACGCACACACUCUAUAGCAACGACGCCAGGUGGACCCGGCAUUUGUUUACGCGUCUGAACGUGUUCGCGCGCGUAUCACACGAUCGAUCGAUCGUUCAGCGAGACAGGCAGAGCGAGAGGGAGAGAGAGAUAGAAAGAGAAGGAGAGAUGCCGUGAAUACCGAUGAUACGUCGCAUGUUUUCCAUACGAUUGUUUAGUCGAGUUUUAAAUCCUUGCUCGCGAAGAGACCUCUAAACUAGAAAGAUCUCGGGGAAACGUCCGUGGUUCGGUGACCGAUCGGCUGAACGCGCACCGAGAGAGCGAGACCGACCGACCGUGCACCAUUCGAAGAAAGAACGAGAAGCUCUGUAACUGUGACCCGUACGAGGAGGAGGUGGAGGAAGAGGAGGAGGAGUAGGGCAGAAGAAAGAAGGAAGAAGGACGAAAGGCAGGCCGAAGGAGAAGGAGGAACUGGAGAAAAGGAAAAGAGGGAGGCAACGCCGCGUGGACAUAGCCGUACGGCCGUGUGUCCGUUCCGUUCCGUUCCGUUUCGUUUCGUUUCGUUUUACCGCUUUUCAACGUGACGACCGCGUUAGAUGAGGUCCUACGGAAGUUGUUGUCGUUCAAACGAUUUCAGCCUGCCGGCGUCCACGUGAUAACCAAUCGGUGAUUAGGUGUUCGUUGCCCGGAAGCGAACGAUACAUUUCGAGAUCAAGGAAAACGAUCACGACCGACCUGUCGACCGCGUUGAACAAUCAUGUAUAAGCUACUAGGAGGUCUCGGACAAUACCUGAAAUGGCAGGAAAUCACGACCGACUCGAUGGUGUUCCGGUUGCACAACCAUUUCACCACGGUGCUACUUUUCACGUGUUCGAUGGUGAUCACGGCUACCCAAUACGUCGGUAAUCCGAUCUCCUGUAUCGUUCAGGGUUUACCCACGCAUCCUAUCAACACUUACUGCUGGAUCACAUCUACGUUCACCAUGCCAGACGCGUUCAAUCGACAGGUCGGCUUGGAGGUCGCGCAUCCAGGAGUGGCGAACGAUUUCGGCGACGUCGACGCGAGGAAAUACUACACUUAUUACCAGUGGGUGUGCUUCGUGUUGUUCUUCCAGGCGAUAAUGUGCUACGUACCGCAGUGGCUGUGGAACAUGUGGGAGGGCGGCUUGAUCAACGCGUUGGUCAUGGGUAUGAAUCACGGCCUCGAUCAAGAGGAGAACAUCCAGAAGAAAAAGUCCGCAUUGAUGGACUACGUAAUGAGUCACAUACAGAGUCACAACAUGUACGCGUACCGAUACUUCGCCUGUGAAGCCCUCUGCCUGUUCAAUAUCUUUUUUCAAAUGUACCUGAUGAAUCGGUUCUUCGACGGCGAGUUCCUUAGCUACGGACUGCGCGUGCUACAAUUCUCUGAUGUGCCGCAGGAGGAACGCGUGGACCCCAUGGUCUAUGUGUUCCCCCGUGUGACCAAGUGCAUCUUCCACAAGUAUGGUGCCUCGGGAACGAUACAGAAACACGACUCCCUCUGCGUGCUGCCGUUGAACAUCGUCAACGAGAAGACCUAUAUCUUUAUCUGGUUUUGGUUUACUAUCCUCUCCGUGAUGCUGUUGGGCCUGAUGGUCUACAGAGCUGCCAUCAUUUUUGCGCCGGCCAUUAGACCCCGGCUGCUUCAUCUGUCAUCGCGACUCUUGUCCAUCGAGACCUGCCACAGCAUUAGCAAGAAGAUCCAACUCGGCGAUUGGUGGAUCCUCUACGUACUGUCCUCUAACAUAGACUCGCUGAUCUAUAGGGACUUCUUGCAGGAGCUUACUAAGAAGAUGAGCGAUGUGCAGUCAGUCUCCGCUUAAUUGAGCGAGGAUUCAUGACUGCUAAGCGAAAGACAACGACAGUUCUUUACGUGACUGACCGCGCUCCCCUCUUACUCCCUUCUUUUCUCUUUUUCUCUUUGAAUCUCAUUCAAUUUUGUUAUCUUUCUUUUCCUUCCUUCCUUCCUUCCUUCCUUCCUUCCUUCCUUCCUUCUUUUCCCUUUUAUCCUUUUUCCCACUCCUUCCCUCUCAUUCGUCGAGAACACGAGGAGAGUAUCGAUAGAAUCUAUGUCCUCGUUAGAAAGCCAUCACGUAAUUCUGUAACGAUUUGCACCGAGUAUUUCUCAUAUUCAGCUGAGUUUAAAGAGAACGAUCGCUGCGCACGACUGAUAGAGAUCGUUACAGACACGCGAUGACGCUCUAACGCCGCGCAACCAACCACUUUAGGAUCUCCGUAUGCGUGCCCCGAGGCUGCGUGUGUGAGCGUGAGUAGUUGUGUAAACCGUAAUCGCUUCAACGGUUUUAACAAGAAUCGUUUCACUCUCGAUUAGUGUUCGUCCCCCAAAGUAAAACUACGUUUAUUUCGAGAACUAAUUGCUCAAAACAAACCGACGGAUGCGUUUUAUCGUACCGCCACGUUCGACACGCCGACAUAGGAAUUCUCGAUCGAGCGGAUGUUAGAGUAGAAUCACCUUUUAUUGUGCAACAUUCUUUUACCGUGAUAUCAUUGAGCGACACCUAAUGCGACUUGCAUCGAUUGUAAUGCGUCCCAUUACGAGAAAUUCUAUUUUCAUAUACAUUCCUAUCUAGCGUAUUCGAAUGAUUUCAGGGAGGAUGGUUCCAUCCCGAAAUGGACUACAAUAAUUUUCUUACGGUAACGAUUAUCUAGGUUUCUUAUCACUUCUUCGAUUGCACUGUGUCUUUAUAGUAGGUGGGCAAGAUAUAGUGAACUUAUAAAACUGAUCACCUGUAGAACAAUUCUUAAAUAAUACGGUGAAAUGUAACACGGUAUUCAUUUUAAGAUCACUGAAAUUUUUAAAUUCGAAUUUGUGUUGAGGCUUUUCUUUGGACCGCGGAGGAGCUUUGCGUUCUUCGCCUUUCGAAUUUCACCGAAGAAACUCAUCCGAACGUACGGUCGUCUAAAGAAGAUUUUAUGAUUUUUCUAUAUUUUGACCAUCAACCAUAAAUGUGAAUGAGAUCCUACGUGAUUACAGGUAACUGUUCAUCUCGUAAUAUUUUGUACUGAUUAUUUUACCCACUUGUGUUCUAUCGACGAGAAAAUGGUGUCGAAAAGUCUGUUUAAUAGAAUACUUUGAGCAAGCGUAUUGAAGACUUCUGCUAUCUUUGGACCAAUGUUCACUGCGUUCACAUAAUGUCAAUUAUGCAACUUGCUGUUCACUCAUUACUUCAUUACCAAGAUCUAUGCAUGAGUUCCUACUGGUCAUACUCACCAAUUUACUGAUUCUGUAGUCUCGUUUCACUUAUUCAGACAUUGGUUUCAUGUCAAUCGUGCCCUGAUUUGAUAAUGUGAAACGUAGUUCUUUUUAGAAGAAAGUUAGCAUGUGGCCUUCACUCGAUUAAGAUUUUUUUUAGGUUAUAUUGCGUGAGCUGGCCAGCAUCAAUGUUUCUGAUCCAUGUGUCCAAAUUUUGGGUGCACUUUGAGAUCAUUGGCAGUGACUGUUUGAUUUAAUUCUCCCGUGCUCAGCUUGGCAGCUAGCCAUUGUUUGAUAUUGAGUAUAUUUUAACUGCUAAUCAAUAAUAUCAACACUGACGCAUAUCCCAUCAUUAACCAUUUAUGUUUUGAAUUAUGUCACUUUUAUGUUUUAUUGCUUCCUUUAUUCUAGAUAUAUCAAGAUUGUUUAAAUAAUCCAUAGGUUAAGUAUACAUGUUUUUACGAUUAUUAGAGUAUAAAUACAUAUAGUGGUUAAAUUAAAUUAUAUAAAAAGGUCUAAGCAUAUUUUAUUCGCAGUAAUAUAAAGUAUAUUCAGGACAUAAAGGGUUAAAUUGUAUGGAGACAAUUUGUUAUUGGUGAUACAUCCUCUCUCAAGCACAAUCAUUUUUUUUCAUGAAAACUUGUAAAGUGGAAGCCAUAUGUACAGCCAGAGUGUGAAAAUUCAGCAGACUGUGUAGCUUUUAUCGCAAUGGCUAUUAUUAGGAUGCAAAUACUUUUGUUUCUUUUUUAAAAAUCUUAUUCCGUCCUUUCAGUGAUUUGUCGAUUACACUGGAAAACAUAUCUGAGUUGAUUUAAGUUAGUUUCAUACAAAUGGAUUUUAUUCUGUUUUUCUCUUAAAAAGUCUAAAGCGUAACUGUCUUAUAGAAAUCUACUGAUUUCUUGGAAUUAUAGUGAAUUGUAGUAAAGUAAUGUUAUUCUUCUCUCGAAUUAAUGAAUUUGGAUUUGAAUACCUUUAAUCUUUAGUGGCAAGAAGAUUGUGAUUAUAAUGAAAUUGUUAAUCCUUAAUAGUUUUAAUCCUAAGCCAAUUACGUGAAUUGCAAUAUAAAAGUGCACUAUAUCUAAAUUCUUCACAAGGAAUUUAACUUUUCCUGUAAACGAAUGAUACGGUGUUGUCGUAACAGUAGGAUAGUUCUGUUACUCACUAAAGAGUAACCUGCAAUCUGACAUAUUUAUAUCAUCUUCGAAAUUUUAUAAAUAAUCUGUUACAACUUGAGGCAGGCUUUAAAUCAGUAGUUUUCAGCACUCAAGUAUUGAACUUUAAGGAAAAUAUAGUACUCUUAAACAAACGCGGACAUACCAGUUGUGAAAAUAACAAUCAUAUUCUUUCUAUGGCUCAUGUACUCAUUUUGAUCCACUCAGUCGAAUGUAAAGUAACACAUGUAUGGAUUUGUUUUUAAGACAUCAGAUACAAUUUGGUCGAAUACCUCUCUAACGUUUCAUCUUGUGAGUCAAUAGAAAAUAACUGACUCGUAUCGCCAUGACAAUGGAAUUCGAAUCUCUAACUAUUUUUGACUCUAUGAUAGCCAUUGCGGCUUACGAACCCCUAAAUCAUAGUAAAUCCAUAGUUAUCUUGCAUGACUCGGCAUUUUAAUUUGAAUGCUGACUGUUUGUCAAAAACCGUCUCGAGAUUCCUAGCACUGAUCUAUUUUCCAGAUGUCCUAACGAGCAUUAAGGUUUUUUUCAAGACGUAACAUGUCUUGUGUCUUGUGUUUGACGAAUGUGAUAUUAGUUCUAGCUGUACUCUGGUGGAAAUGGUUAUGACUAUUUUCUAAUGAAUUUCUUUCGGUAUUCGAUGCUUUGUUAUGUUUUUAUGGGGUUUCAUCGUGGGCUUGACUUGAUGGCAACUGAUCAGAACUUCGAGUAGAUUAUCGAGUGAUAUCGAUCCGCAGCUAUUGUUUAAAUCCAUUGAUACUGAACUGCAAAAAUGCAAUGUUCUCCUCUUCGUUACUGACAUAGGAACCUUAGUGUGGUACAUUACACUCGUCCCUCCAUUUACGCGGAGUAUCCGUUUCACGCGGAUUCCUUUUACGCGAAUAAAAAUCGCGUAAACAGAAUCUGUCAGUAAAAAAAAAUGCCAUGGGGGUCAUCGAUAACUUCCAACCGAAUCGAAUUACUAUAGUUCACUCAAUUAAGCGAUGAUUACUUAAAAACAUUUCUGUAUUAUAAAUAACACUAUCUAAUGCGGUUACAUUCAGCUAGA